CUUGAUUAUGAUAAUAACGUGGGUCCAAAUUAUGAAUCAGCUGAAGCAAUCAUGAAUGAAGAACUUGAUCCGCGUUAUGAUGACAACGACGAUGAACAGUCAAGGGAGGCUACUUCUAAUCCUG